AUGGAAUCCGCCGGAAAUCCUGAUAAGCAAGAGGAAAAUGCAAAUGAAAAAACGGAUAGUGGUCAAUUCGAUAAUAACAGAUUUCCAUCAAAAAACCAAACGUCUAAUUACAGUAGCGCUAAAAAUGAAAACAGCUUGGAACAGUCCUCUAGUAAACCUAUUAAUAGCAAUAAUAGCAAGAAUGAGGACGAAAUCAAAGUUAUUUUUCACGCCCAUUUUCCUGAAAACACUGCUAAAAUUGGACAUCCCGUAAUUUUUGGUGACGGAAAAGCGUUGGGUUCUUGGGAGCAUCACAAUAUAACCCUUCGACAACCAUUUCCUCAAAUUCCUACGUAUUGGCAAUCUAAUCCGGUUAAUAUUUCUACAUCAAAUAUUGGAGGGCAUGCUAUUCAAUAUAGAUAUG